AUGGAAGAAUCCAAAGACACUAUCUACAAUUUCUCAGCAGGACCAUGCUGCCUCCCCAAAGAAGUCCUGAAGAAGGCUCAAGACGAACUACUCAACUGGCACGACACUGGAGUCAGUGUAAUGGAGAUGUCCCACAGAUCUAAAGCAUUCAAGGAUAUUGUUGCUAAGACAGAAAAAGAUCUGAGAGAAUUGAUGAAAAUCCCUGACAAUUAUCAGAUCCUCCUCCUUCAAGGUGGAGCCUCCACUCAGUUCUCCUCGAUUCCAUUCAAUCUUCUUGAUGAUAACAAGAAGAUGAACUAUCUUGUGACUGGAAGUUGGGGAAAGAAUGCCUUCAAAGAUGCCAAGAAGCAUGGUGAAGUUACUGAAGUAAUCAAGCCUCUCGAGGCUUACACUGGGUGCCCGGACUUUUCUGAGUGGACUGUUGACCCAGAUGCAAAAUACUUCCACUUCUGUGAUAAUGAAACCAUUUAUGGAGUCGAGUUCAACAAUUUCCCAUACGAAGAGUUGAAAGAUCAACUUCUUGUCUGCGAUAUGAGCUCAAACUUCUGCUCUAGACCAAUCGACUGGGAGAAAUAUGGACUUGUCUAUGCAGGAGCCCAAAAGAAUGUCGGGCCUGCAGGAGUCUGUAUCGUUAUUGUAAGAGAUGACCUCCUCGGAAAGCAACUAGAUAGCACUCCUGAUGUCCUCAAUUACAAAAAACAUGCUGAUUCACCAGGACACUGCUACAACACUCCUUGCUGUUGGUCAAUCUAUAUGGCUGGUUUAAAUAUUACAUACAUGCUUGAGAAGGGACUAGACAAAAUUGAAGAAGAAGCAAAGCUCAAGAGCAGCAUGCUUUAUGACUACAUUGACUCCAGCGAUGACUACUACACUAACCCAGUUGAUAAGAUUUUCAGAAGUAGGAUGAAUAUCCCAUUCAGAGUCAAGAAAGAUGAUGAACUCGAAGCUAAGUUCCUAUCCGAAGCUGCAAAGGAAGGCCUUAUCGAACUCAAGGGCCACAGAACUGUUGGUGGCAUCAGAGCAUCAAUUUAUAAUGCUAUGCCAGUUGAAGGUGUUCAGAAACUGCUUGACUUCAUGAAGAAGUUCAGAGAGGAGAAUCCAUAAUGAAAUCUUUUAAGAUGUACUCCCAAUUUAACAU